AUGGAGGCCCAAAUUCAUCACCUUGAGCAAGAAGCUUACAGUGCAGUGCUGCGUGCUUUCAAGGCUCAAUCUGAUGCUCUUACCUGGGAAAAGGAGGGUUUGAUUACUGAACUUCGCAAAGAGCUCAGAGUAUCAGAUGAUGAACACAGAGAACUUCUCGCCCGAGUUAAUGGGGAUGAUGUCAUCCGUCGUAUAAGGGAAUGGAGAACUACAGGUGGGAAUGAACCUACUAGGUUCGUGCCGCCAAGGGGUCAUGACAUGGUACCCAGCCCUACCAUGUCUGGUGCCCGUAAAAGGCAGAAGAUAUCUCAAGGGGGUCACAUACUUCCUACUUUAUCCUCUGUGAAGGCUAUGCAGCUCCCCUCACAGUUUGCUACUCGACCUAGGUACUUUACUACACACAACUCUCGCAGUUCUUCUGGUGCACUUGUGGUGGAUGAACCUCCUGAAGCACUGCUCGGCCGAAAGGUUUGGACUAGAUGGCCUGAGGACAAUCACUUCUAUGAGGCUGUCAUAACGCAAUAUGACUCGUCUCAGGCCCGACAUGCUCUUGUGUACGAUAUGGGCACAAAGGAUGAGACAUGGGAAUGGGUUGAUCUGAACGAGAUAUCUCCAGAGGAUAUACGAUGGGAUGGAGAGGAUCCAGCAAUUCUAUAUCGUGGUGGACAAGGUGGUGGUGGUGGUAGCCGUGUGAUGAGGAAAACCAUAAGCCAUGGUGGUUUUGUCCCACCGGGUUCCGUUCCAGUGCGGGGUUCGACAAAGUUCCCCUCUAGAAGGGAGCUUUUAGUAGCACGCAAUGGUGUUGCUACGAAAGUUUCUGAUGAAAUUGAAUUACUGAACACCGAGACACUAGUUAAGGAGGUUGAAAAGGUUUUCGGAGUAAGUCAACCAGAUCCAAUUGAGCUUGAGAAAGCCAAAAUGAUGCUAAAAGAGCAUGAACAGGCACUUUUGGAUGCAAUCGCAAGGCUAGCAGAUGCAUCUGAUGGUGAAAGUGAUGGAGAACAGCACUUCAUACACGGGCAACCAAUGGAGCGUUAG